UCAAAGCUCGGCAGCUUCCCGCUGGUCUGUGGCUACGACCCCGCAGCGCCGAGUUAAUCUCGACCCUCCGCUCCGGCCGGACGCAACCUUUCCGAGCUACUCACUGCGGCUAUGAUGUCCGUAACGGCGGCGUUGCUUCUCUUCAUAUCGGUCCUGCUGGCGGCUCUCUUCACAUGGCGGUGGUGGCACUUCUCGUAUUUCAAGAGGAUCGGUAUUCCCGGACCGAAGCCGAACCUAAUAUGGGGCAACCUCGUAGAAUACCACUCAACGGACAUAUAUAAGGUUAUUGGCAGAUGGAUUGAAGAAUACGGCGACAUCUUUGGUUUCUACAACUGCGACGCGCCCUUCGUCGUGACCCAGGACCUGGAGUUGAUCGAAGAGGUGUGCGUGCGCAACUUCUCGAAUUUCACGGGACGAGGGCUGACAAUGAUGAUUGAAAAACUCCAUCCGGUUCUGGGUGAGUCCACUAUAAGCAUCGAAGGCUCAAAGUGGAGGAGCAUCCGAAACGCCAUGGCCUGCAGUCUCAGUGCAGCAAAGUUAAAAAUGAUAAUGCCGCUAAUGGAAGAAUACAUCGCCGGCCUGCUGAAGUCUCUGGAGGAACCGGCCAGAUUGGGCGACGAGGUGAACAUGCGGCAGACAUACGAGCAGCUGUCCGCGGACUUCCUAGCGCGGGUCUCGUUCGGCGUUGACGAGCGAUUCGAGACAAGGCCCGACCACUCGAUCGCCAUCAUUGCCAGUGAAUCCUGCAGCAGGAUAAUGACCGGUCCACUGCACAUGACUGCGCAGAGCACUACGAGCUUCGGACGCUUGAUGAAGCCACUGUGCUUGAUUUCUCUUGCAAUUGUGGGCUUCGGCAAGGUGUCUACGAAGAUGGCUAAGAUAAUUGAGGGUAGGAAAAAUGACCCUUCGUGUCGAAGACCCGAUAUUCUGCAAAAUCUGCUCGAUGCGGAGUACGUUGAGAGCAAAGCACUUACGAAUGGUGCCAAGGUGAAAAACGGACGACUGAGAAGCAGGCCACUUACCAACGUAGAAGUAGUUAGCUGCGCGGCCACGCUAUUCGUCGCAGGGUACGAAACAAUAGCGUCGUCGCUCAGUUACCUGACCUUUGUCUUUGCCAAAUACCCGGACGUCCAAGAAAAGGUGCGCCAAGAAGUUACCGAUACCAUCUCUGAGCAGGGCAAACUAGACUUCGAGACGGUGAUGAAAAGGCUGAAUUACCUGGAACGAGUAAUCAAGGAGACAAUGCGGCUUUAUCCACCCGGCCUCACGUUUGUGACGAGACAAGCCAAGCAAGACUUCGCGUACAAGGGCACGCAGUUCAAGGCCGGGACGUGCUUCAUGGCGCCGCUAUAUCAGAUCCAGAGGGACCCACGCUUCUGGCCUGACCCCUUGCAGUUCAACCCUGACAGGUUCGCCCCCGAAAACGAAGCUCAGCUGGUCAAGAUGGCGUACAUGCCUUUCGGCGUGGGGCCGCGAAACUGCGUUGGCAAUAGCGUGGGCAUGCUAAAGGUCAAGCUGACGAUGGCAAAGCUGCUGCUCAAGUACCGCUUCGAGCUCGGCUCCUCGCAAAUGGGUGAAAUGAAGAUAAAGUCACGGGCGAUGGUGUCAGCUCCUGCGAAAGGCCCGUGGAUCAUUAUUCGUCACCUGAAUAAGCACCUCUAGCAACAUUUGUGCUUCCAGUUUCUGCAACAAAUAUGUCAGCUACACUUCGUGCACAGACACGUCAAGACCCGCACGCAGUGGUGCAACCGCUUUAGUUCUGCAUUGCAGAGCAAGCUUCCUUGUCGCUCAUGGUGGCGAUAUGGCGCAUCUUCAUAAAUCAACAGCUGUUCGAAGAUAGCGCUGUGUGCUGUUUCAUGUGGCUUCUAUGUCGGCGUCCUUGUCUCUGUGUUACAGCAAAUUGGAUGAUUCAUUAUCGCGGUACUGAUUACGCGCACCUGUGAUCGAAACAUAUAGCCAGCAACGACGAAGCGUUCGCGUCCUGUGUGAGAACCAUGCUUAUGUGCUGUAUAGUGAGUGAACCUUUGCGUUCAUAUUAUGUAGAAAGGAGGUCGUAUUUGAAUUGACGUCUCUCUCUCUCGCUCCCUACUGAAGCGCUGCUUGAAAAUUUGACGAGUAUCAUGCGCCAGACAUUGAUAACGUUACAAAUGCAUAAUAACAUAUACCCUAGUAACUUGUCACUCGUAAACAGCUUUUCAGGCAGGGGCGCACGUCAUUUCGCCAACGGAGAGCUAUUUGAGAGAAACAGUGACAUACGCACCGUGGCAAGUGUGAAGGUCGAUGACUUGGACCAGUUUUCGCGCUGUAACAAAUUUUCUUGACCCGCCGCGGUAGCUCAGUGGCUGUAACAUUGCGCUGCUGAACUCGAGGUUGCGGGUUCGACUCCGGCCGCUGCAGCCGCGCCUCGAUGGACGCGAAGAGUGAAGAGGCUCGUGUACUUAGAUUUAGGUGCUCUUUAAAGAACGCCAGGUGGUCAAGAUUAAUUCGGAGUCCAGCAGAAAGCCGUGUCUCACAAUUAAUUAGAUCGUGGCCUUGGCAAGUAAAAGCAGAUAAUAUCCUUGAUUAUUUGCCACAAUUUUUCAACUUCUUUCUCCUUUUCAAGUUGUCUUAUCCGCGAAGGUGGC